UCCAGUACUUGGUGUAUUAUGUGUUCGACAUUAAUUACACCGCGUUGGUGGUCUCCGACAUCUGACACUUUCCUGGAAACUUCACCCUAAGAAUUUUGAAGUACCAAGGUUAAAAGAUAAUUUUACUUUCUAUCCCGCAUCCAUUUUCUUCGUAUUCCUUGGAAACUCCCAAGUUUCCUUGGACAAACUUGUGUUUCUGGGAGUUGAACAAGGAUGCUGAGACAUUUCCAAGGAUCCAACACUUGUUCUUGUUGGAUAUAAUAUGUACGUCUUUAUGUAACUAAUACCUCUCUACCUACAUCUAUAUAUACGUGUGCAUACAUGGACUGGUACCAAUCACCUGUCGGUGCCAAGCAGGCAAGCACACAAAGCUUGCAUGGAACUCUUCAAAAAGAUUCUGGAAGAUGAAGAUAUUUGGUCGGGCUUGCAAAUUCCAGAGGACCACGCUGAGCAUUUCGGGCUGCGCCAUGGACGAACCCACAAGGACUUUGUAGCCAAUGAUAGAGAGGGGAAUGAGUGGAGCUUCACACUUGAACUCCUCAGACAUUGUCACAAACCACAUCUCUCCGGAGACUGGCUUCUCUUUGUCCAAGAAAAAGGCUUAAAGACCGGCCACAAGCUGACAUUCUCCAUGGAAGAACAAUGGGAUUACCGGAAGAGAACUGUCUACAAGCUGAAAUUCCAGACAACUAAACCUAAUGAGGUCUAUUCAGAGACACUCGUUAACAUGAGGAUAUUUGCUGAUAACAUUGAAACACACUUCACUCCUUUGAGGAUCCCACUUCGGCCCAUAUCUGCAGAUCCUAAUAUUUUGACUCCUGGCUACACAGGCAAGGAGCUGUUCCGUAAAAAUCUGUCAAAAAUCGAUGUUAGGGACGGGCUAAGAAUCCCCAAGAAUCUUGUCAGGGAUCUAGGCAUACCUGAAGGAACUGACAAAGUGGAAUUUGAAGCCAUUGAUAGUGCAGGCAAAGGUCGGCGGUUCACCAUACUUUUGCCAAAUGAUAAUCCAAACUGGGUCAUGACUUGGCUUCCUUUUGUUCAGGAGAAAGGCAUCAGGAAGGGCCACAGUGUGGCUUUUUAUCAGAAACUGAAUGUGGAAGAGGGUGGAAGGGAAUAUGAAAUCAGAGUUUGGGCCCAUGUGUCUGGAGGACAAAACACAUUGGAUAAGGGUUUGUUAGAAAAGCUCGAGAUGUGGAAAGCUGAGGAUUGUUGCUUCCCUCGGCCUGCGGAAGCAAAUCCCAUGCUUGUUAAUAGAGUAAGACAUGCGCCUGGCUCGUUGUCUGUCAAGGACAGAGCAGAUGCAGCCCCUGUCAAACACAGAAAUGUUGAAAAUAAUGCAAAUAUUGAUAUUCAGCACUCUGAUGGAAGAUCCACUGAGACCAUCAAAUUAAUUAUCAAUCGAGAUAGGGAUCUCGAAGCAAGUGGUGGUAAAGAUCAUGAGGCACCAUGUAAAUGGGCGGCUAGCUUAAGUCAAAAGGUUACCAUGCAAAGACUCUUUGUCAUUGCCAAUUUCACCCUAGAGGUCAUAUCGACAAUUUUUGACCAACUCUCGUCAGCGGACAAGCCUCACUAUGCUAUAGUUGGUAUAACAGCCUCAGUCACAGCCAUGCUUGUUUGCAUCCUGGAGCUAAUUCAUGGAGCUCUAAAGCCGGGUGGUUUUAAGGGCUUCAGCAUCUUCCCUGACAUUGUUGGAUGGGUUUGUGCAGUCUGUCAAUGCACAGUUACAUUCAUCAAUUGUGGUUUCAUCAUCCAUGGCCAUAUUGAUCCUCCUAUCAAGAUAUCAGUUUGGCCGAUAACCUAUGCCUUUUUCCUAUUAUGGGCUAUGUUAAACACAACCACUGAUAUGAGGACUCUAACCCAAAAAGAAUCCUAGCUAGAGAACAGAGAGGACAAUAUUUUUUUUCUUAGCCAAACAGUUUAUCUUGGCCACUUCUGCUGUUAAAUUUCUUUGCAGGCUUCUCAUAUAAAUGCAGCAGUGCCAAACAAAAUCAUGAUAUAUGCAUUCAUUUAAUUAUCAGCAGCAACUGAACCAGAAAACCAAACUUACCACAUUGGGACUAUCAAAUACAAACCAAAGCAGAAAAUCUUAUAGUCACAUGAAAUGAAUGACCCCAUUAGACUUUAUAUGAAUUUAUAAUACGGAAGGCAAGAAACAAAGAUGAUCGACCAACCUGAUAA